AUGAGUUCUGCAUCGAAUGGGCGCAAAAACCGCCCCAGAUCCACCGGGAACAUCUUCCAGAUCGGCAAGUCUCCUUACCGAGACCCAGAGCGGAGGGAGAGCACCGAAAGUACCCGCAAAGCCCAGCGCGCCGUGGCUGACUGCAGAAUGAUCGUCCAAGAAUUCAAUACACUUGUUGCGCUGUACCGUGAACUGGUCAUCUCCAUUGGCGAAAUCACUGUCGACUGCCCCUCUUUACGGGCCGAAAUGCUGAAGACGAGAACUAAAGGCUGUGAAAUGGCGAGAGCGGCACACCACAGUCUCUCCUUGAUAUCGGGGCCAGAGGAUGGGGAGAUCCACCCUGAGAUCUGUAGACUGUUCAUCCAGCUGCAGUGCUGUCUGGAGAUGUACAUCACUGAGAUGCUCAAAUCCGUCUGCUUGCUUGGCUCCCUGCAGCUCCACAGGAAAGGUAAGGAUUCCUGUGGUCCCACAGGGGUCGACAGUAAGAUCGAGGAGAGUUCAGACAUCCCAAUCCUGGAGGACACCUCUUCCUCCCCCACUGACUGCCCUCAACUCUGCUGGCUGGUGGCCACCGACAUAGAAAACAUAGAAAAGGACAUGAGGGAAAUGAAGAACCUUCUCAGUAAACUCAGGGAGACGAUGCCUUUACCAUUGAAGAACCAAGAUGACAGCAGUUUGCUGAACUUGACUCCCUACCCACUGGUCCGACAGAGGAAGAGGCGGUUCUUUGGGCUCUGUUGCCUGGUAACCAGCUAA